AUGGACACUGAAAGGGUUGUUGAUGAUAUUACAGAUAGAAAUAAACAGUUUCAUUCUUCACUGGGAAGUAAUAGUAAUAUAGAUGGAUAUUUAACGAGUGGGGAAUACUAUACUGUUGCAUCGAAUUCACCUAAUGAAGGUUUGAUGGAACCUAUGGACUUUGAUUUUAAUAUAGAUAGAGAUCUAGCUGCUAGGAUGAAUAUAAAUUUAAGUGAGAGCAAAUUUUUGCCAUCUAAUAUCUUAGAAAAGAAUAUUCAAAAUGAGAGAAUUGAAGAAAAGUUAGACAAAGAAGUCGAAGUGAAUAACUCAACUUUUGAUAAAGAUGAAAGUGAAUCUAUAGAUAAUUCUAAUGAAGCAUCAUACUCAAAACUUGUAUAUAAAACGCAGGAAUCCAAUUCAUUCACUACACUUUCUACUAUUGAAUCUAACAUAAAAAAUACAUCUAAUAUAGAUAUAAACUUAGGAAUACAAUCUCAAACAGAGAAACAAUGUAGAUUGACAUUUGAAUCUAUUCCAGUAACAUCUUGUAGUGUGCAUGCAAAGUCUAGUGAAAAGACAGAAACUCCUACUCAAGAUAAAUAUAUUUAUGAGUCUGAACCUUGCUCAAAAUUUAAAGCUGAUGCAAAAUCUGGUGAAGAACUUCAGUACCCACUUCAGACUCAAACUAUAUUUGAGGUUUUACCACGUUCAGAGUCUAACGCAGAUGCUAAGUCAGGAGAACAAAUCAAAGACCCCAUUCAAACUCAAAGUGUAUUUGAAGUACUACCGCGCACAGCUUCAAAUGCAGAUGCAAAAGCAUACGAAAAAGUAAAUGAUCCUAUUCAAACUCAAACACAAUUUGAGGUGUUUCCACGUUCAGAAUCAAAUGCAGAUGCGAAAUUUGGAGAGUUAAAUAUACAACCUAUUCAGAGCAAGAUUGUUUAUGAGUCAACACCUUAUAAUUCCUGUGUAGAUGCAAAGUAUUGUAGUGAUUUAGAAGAAGCUUCUAUACACAUGGCUUAUCCUCCAGAAAAGGUUUCAAUCAAUAAAGAAAGAAAUAUUAGAAGCUCUGAAUACAGCUUAAAGUCUAUGAGAGAAAUAAACAAAAAUAAUAGUAAUUUGGAUAUCGAUAUCUCCCUACUUAAUAAAAAUGAUCUUAGUACAAAUAAUAAUCCUGAAAAUUGCAUAUUAGAUGAUAUUAAUACUUUACAGAAUGACAAACUAGUAAACACACAAAUCAUUGAUAAAUGCAGUCUACAACAAAGUAGAAGGCACCUUGGAAAUGAAGAUGAGAAUACACUAUCUCCAUCUAAAUACAUAUGUACAGAUGUAAAAUCUCCUAAUGAAGUAAGAACUAUUUUUGAUUCAUUAUCAAAAAAUCUAUCUUUAUAUGAGGAUAAAUCUUAUUCUACAAGUUUACUUAAUUCAAAUACAAUGACAAUAUUUGAAACUCUCGACUUGGGACCAUCUAUAGCUAAAACAGCUCUUGGAGAAAGAUUUGAGUCUUCUACAAAAGUAGAAAAUCCAGAGGUUGAAUCUACAAUCCAAACUGUUUUACUAAAUACAAACAAAAAUGAUCAAUCCCCCAAUGAAAAUGAUACUUUGAAAUAUGGCUCCUCAGACUUAUGUAAUAGUAAACAAGAUAUUAAAUAUAAUUCUAUUAAUGUAGCAUCUGAUAAGUCAUAUAGAAUAACAAAUAUACCUGAUAAAGUAAUUGGAAUUAAAUUAGAUGUACCAAUUCAAUCUAAAACAAUAUUUGAAUCCAUACCAAAGAUUGAAUCUAUAGUAGAUGCAAAAGCUGGUGUUGAAUUAGAUAUACCAACCCAAUCUAAAACAAUAUUUGAAUCUAUACCAAAGAUUGAAUCUAUAGCAGAUGCAAAGGCUGGUGUUGAAUUAUAUAUACCAACCCAAUCUAAAACAAUAUUUGAAUCUAUACCAAAGAUUGAAUCUAUAGCAGAUGCAAAGGCUGGUGUUGAAUUAUAUAUACCAACCCAAUCUAAAACAAUAUUUGAAUCUAUACCGAAGAUUGAAUCUAUAGCAGAUGCAAAGGCUGGUGUUGAAUUAUAUAUACCAACCCAAUCUAAAACAAUAUUUGAAUCUAUACCAAAGAUUGAAUCUAUAGCAGAUGCAAAGGCUGGAGUUGAAUUAUAUAUACCAACCCAAUCUAAAACAAUAUUUGAAUCUACACCAAAGAUUGAAUCUAUAGCAGAUGCAAAGGCUGGUGUUGAAUUAGAUAUACCAACCCAAUCUAAAACAAUAUUUGAAUCUACACCAAAGAUUGAAUCUAUAGCAGAUGCAAAGGCUGGUGUUGAAUUAGAUAUACCAACCCAAUCUAAAACAAUAUUUGAAUCUAUACCAAAGAUUGAAUCUAUAGUAGAUGCAAAGGCUGGUGUUGAAUUAGAUAUACCAACCCAAUCUAAAACAAUAUUUGAAUCUAUACCAAAGAUUGAAUCUAUAGCAGAUGCAAAGGCUGGUGUUGAAUUAUAUAUACCAACUCAGUCUAAAACAAUAUUUGAAUCUAUACCGAAGAUUGAAUCUAUAGCAGAUGCAAAGGCUGGUGUUGAAUUAUAUAUACCAACCCAAUCUAAAACAAUAUUUGAAUCUACACCAAAGAUUGAAUCUAUAGCAGAUGCAAAGGCUGGUGUUAAAUUAGAUAUACCAACCCAAUCUAAAACAAUAUUUGAAUCUAUACCAAAGAUUGAAUCUAUAGCAGAUGCAAAGGCUGGAGUUGAAUUAGAUAUACCAACUCAAUCUAAAACAAUAUUUGAAUCUAUACCGAAGAUUGAAUCUAUAGCAGAUGCAAAGGCUGGUGUUAAAUUAGAUAUACCAACCCAAUCUAAAACAAUAUUUGAAUCUAUACCAAAGAUUGAAUCUAUAGCAGAUGCAAAGGCUGGAGUUGAAUUAGAUAUACCAACUCAGUCUAAAACAAUAUUUGAAUCUAUACCAAAGAUUGAAUCUAUAGCAGAUGCAAAGGCUGGAGUUGAAUUAUAUAUACCAACCCAAUCUAAAACAAUAUUUGAAUCUACACCAAAGAUUGAAUCUAUAGCAGAUGCAAAGGCUGGUGUUGAAUUAUAUAUACCAACUCAGUCUAAAACAAUAUUUGAAUCUACACCAAAGAUUGAAUCUAUAGUAGAUGCAAAAGCUGGUGUUGAAUUAGAUAUACCAACCCAAUCUAAAACAAUAUUUGAAUCUAUACCAAAGAUUGAAUCUAUAGCAGAUGCAAAGGCUGGUGUUAAAUUAGAUAUACCAACUCAGUCUAAAACAAUAUUUGAAUCUACACCAAAGAUUGAAUCUAUAGCAGAUGUACGUUUUUGUGAAAAACUCCCAGAUAUACCUCAUCAAAAGACAGUAUGUGUUUCUUUACCAUGUGAUACUUCGAUAACUGAUAUGAAUUCUAGUGAUAAAACUGAUACUCCAAGUGAAAUUCAGACAAUAUUUGUAUCAUUACCUAGAAAUAAAACGACAGCUCAUGCAGGUACAAAUAUUAAAAGUAGUGAUGAAUUAACUAGUCAAGUGAGGACAAUAUAUGAAGUAAGUCCUAGAUCAGCCUCAACAGCUGACGCUAAAUACAAUGAAUCAUAUGUCCCCUUUGUUGAAACAAGAACCGUUUUUGAAUCAUCCCCACGGAAUUUAUUCAGUGCAGAUGCUAAGGCAGGUGAAUCUAUUUGUAUUAUUCAAGAAGCAAGUACAUUUGAAUCUAUUCCUAUAAAAUCUACUGCUGAUGCAAAGGGAGACACUUAUUAA